AUGUGGAAAUUAAAAAGAGAUAUUGAAGAACAUGAAAAUUUACUUAUGUUGGGUGCUGGGUAUAUUUACCUACAGUUACAAAGUAAAAAAAUAAAUAAUAAGAUUAAAAGACGUUUUUGGGUAAGACCAACUUUACAAAAAAGAAAUUUGUUUGGUGCCGAUGAACUUCUAAAGAAUUUACAAGAUGAUGAUAUUGGUUUGAACGGAGAAUUGCGAUCUAGCUUUAAAAACUUUUUGAGGAUGUCAACUGAAGAUUUCGAAAACUUAAUAUGUCUCAUUGGUCCAGCAAUCCACAAACAAAAUACUAAUUGGAGAACUGCUAUUAGUGUGACUGAACGUUUAGCUUUGACUUUAAGGUUCUUGGCAACGGGAGACUCUUACCAUAGCAUGAUGUAUCAAUUUAAAAUAUCUACUCAGUCAAUAUCACUUAUAGUUCCGGAAGUUUGUGAAGCAAUAGUCAAAGCUCUUUCGGAGUAUAUUAAGGUAGGCACAUACAUAAAUAAAUUAUUAAAAUAA